UUUCUUCAUGAGCAUAUGUAAAGAUAUAAAAACUUUUCUGAAAUAGGUAAGAAAGUCGUGCGAGUGGACACACUAGAUAUUUUUUUAUAUUACAAUGUAGGAUAUGUGCAGCAGAAGCAUUUUAAUUAAUUACCGAAUAUUAAAUGUAUUUGUAAUUGUAUGAAAGGCUUGGUAACAGGUGAUUAUGAAUCAAUGAAUAACAACUAGUGUCUACUAGUUUGACCUUAAUUAUUAUAGAAUAUUUGAAGAAAACAUAAAUGAACAUGCAUUUCUCCAAAAAAAAAAUCUAGUUUUAUUUUUAACGAGAAAGUCGGUGAUGGUUUUGGACCCUACUGUGAGAUAUGAGAUCUAUGACCUAGAUCAGGCAGACAAAGCGGAAAGAGAAAAAAAAAACUUAUGCAUCCCCUUUCUAAAUGAAAAGUUCUGCGAGAGAGUUCCUCGUGAGAGGUCUUUGGAUCGGAGCUCGCCGAACGGUACCAAACUCAACAAGAAGGUUCAUGGCAAAAUUGGCGGAAAAUAUAAUCCUGGACAUCCUGGGAAUCAUCCACCACCAUGCGCAUUGAGGCGGAUAGGGAGAGAGUUUGCUCAUGGGAGGGAGGUUAGAAAGAGAGAGGGGAGAAAAUAUGAGGAGGAAUAUAUAAGGGGAGAGAAGGGAAAGAAAGGGAAAUAAAUGUUGGUGAAUGAAUGAAAGAAAUUGGCAA